AUGAAAAGAAUGAGAAAGGUGGGGCUCGACCAAUGGCCGUAUGGAGCAGAGACUAAAAAGCCGACUGGUAUUCUUACAGAUGCAGCUUGGAUGGCGGACGCCUGUGCCAGGUGCGUGGACGCUCGGCCCCACCAACAUAUGCCAGGAGGGCUGGCUGGAAAGACCCUGGACUAUUUCGUCGAUCCUCCCAGGGAAGUGUGGAAAACUGCUUUGGCAGCCGAGUACCCCACUGGACUCUGCUGGGCAUGGGCGCAGUCACUUGUCCGCUUCUUGAAGACGGAGGAAGGACUGGUGACGUUGCAAAAGAAAGCCAUCAAAGUGGAAGGGAACGCACUCAGAGCGGUGCGGCCAGAGGUACAGUCAAAGCAGCCAGCAAGCAAUCGAGAAAGGAGAGAGAUGGAAAACAACCAGGCAGUAGGGGGGCUGAGGAACCUCUAUGGCGCCAUCGUCCGCACUUACAGGAAAUUGCCGGAUGGCGAUGUGCCGGAGAAGAUCAAGAAGCCGCAUGCCUUUAGAUCAGUGAUUGCAGGAUGGAAGCGUGCCAUGAAAGAGUUCAUGAACGGAGAUCCGAAACUGAAUGACUUGGUCCACCUGUCCGGGAACCCGGAAUAA